AUGUCGUUGAAUCCUCUUUCCGCUAUUCUUAAAGAACACAAACUCGAAGGUCAUAACUAUAUCGUAUGGAAACAAAAUUUGGAUAUCGUUCUUACUGCCGAAGAGUACAAAUAUGUGCUCACUACUGAAUGUCCACCUGAACCUGCUGCAAAUGCUUCUGCAGCAAUGAAAGAAACAUACAGAAAGUGGUGUAAAGCCAAUGAGAUGGCGAAGUGCUACAUGUUGGGUUCUAUGUCAACAGUACUUCAACAUCAGCAUCAAGGCAUGAACACUGCUACUGAGAUUAUGAAUAAUCUUAAUAACCUUUUUGGUACUCAGAAUCGAGCGGCUAAAUCUUUAGCCUUUCGGAGCAUCAUGACUAAGGUUAUGAAGGAGGGCACAUCUAGUUUGCCAGCUAGCUAUCAGCAGUUCAAGCUCAAUUUUGAGAUGAACAAGAGGGCUUACAACCUAGCUAAACUGUUGACUGAGUUGCAGUCAGCGGAGGAUCUUAUGGUCUAG